CGCUCCGACAACAAACAAAAGAUCGAGGCUAGCUGAGCUCAUUAUACUUUGUCGAUCCGUUAACGCUAACGUUACUUCUUACUUUGCUCCCAACGACGACCUGCUCCUCUGUCUUUUAACUACUUUCUUCGGUUCCUGCGCGGCAGGCAGUCUGCUUCUAGUGUCUCUAUUUGUGGCUUUGUGUCAGCUAAUGUCAGCCUGAGCCAUUUCAGCGAUCGCUUCGCCUUUGCUGGCCAAGCUAAACGCGCCAGCCAGGUUAGCUACUCGACUAACCAGCUCUGGCUGCCUCUCUACGACCAGCGAAGCCAGUUAGCUUAGCCUGCUAGCUAGCUUUGCUAAACCUCCCUUUAAAACUUGACACUGACUGACACAAGUGGCUCUGGCUUGUUGCUUACAAGCCAAUUUACUAAAACUCGUGUCGUAGCCAUGUCUGGACAGUCGUCGGGCUGUGGGUUUCUAAUGUCGGUUGUUGUCCAUGGAGACUCGGCUCUGAACGAGCAGGAAAAGGAGCUCAACCAGCGACUCCGACGGCUCUAUCCAGCCGUUAAUGAAAAUGAGACUCCGCUUCCCCGCUCCUGGAGCCCGAAGGACAAGUUUAGCUACAUCGGACUCUCUCAGAACAAUCUCCGUGUCCACUAUAAAGGUCAUGGCAAAACCCCAAAAGAUGCAGCGUCUGUACGGGCAACCCACCCCAUCCCAGCAGCCUGCGGGGUCUACUACUUCGAGGUGAAGAUCAUCAGCAAAGGCCGAGAUGGGUACAUGGGCAUCGGCCUCUCAGCUCAGGGUGUAAACAUGAACAGACUCCCUGGUUGGGACAAGCACUCAUACGGUUACCACGGAGAUGACGGCCACUCCUUCUGCUCGUCUGGCACUGGGCAACCCUACGGACCCACAUUUACAACAGGCGACGUGAUUGGCUGCUGCGUUAACCUCAUCAACAACACCUGCUUCUACACAAAGAACGGCCACAGCCUAGGUAUUGCCUUCACAGACCUACCACCAAACUUGUACCCGACCGUGGGCCUUCAGACUCCAGGGGAGGUGGUGGAUGCAAACUUCGGCCAGCAUCCCUUUGUGUUCGACAUUGAGGACUACAUGCGAGAGUGGAGGACAAAGAUCCAGGCUCAGAUCGACCGCUUCCCUAUCGGAGAGCGCGAGGGCGAGUGGCAGUCCAUGAUCCAGAAGAUGGUGGCUUCCUACCUGGUGCACCACAGCUAUUGUGCCACAGCUGAAGCCUUUGCCAAAUCCACAGACCAGGCCGUGCACGAGGAGCUGGCCUCCAUCAAAAACCGACAGAAGAUCCAGAAGCUGGUGUUGUCAGGCAGAAUGGGCGAGGCCAUCGAGACCACCCAGCAGCUCUACCCCAACCUCCUGGAGAGGAACCCAGACCUUCUCUUCAUGCUCAAGGUGAGACAGUUCAUAGAGAUGGUGAACGGGACGGACAGUGAGGUGAGGUGUCUGGGAGGUCGCAGCCCAAAGUCUCAGGACAGUUACCCCGGCUCCCCCCGGCCCUUCAGCAGCCCCAGCCACAAAGCCAGCAGCUCCCAGCCCUACCUCCCAGGGUUUGACAGUAACUGCUGUAAUGGUGUGACGUCUAAUAAGAGCCACAGCUCCUCCCCUCACAGUCACAAGCCCUGCCCCCCAGGCUCUGGCUCCACACUCCCAGCGUCUGACGUUAGCCUCAACGGGAGCCGCAGCCAACAACCCAUAACCAGUAGCGAUGUGGAUAUGGAGGUUGACCACUUCACCAACGGAGUGACAGAAUCGUCCUCCAAUGGUUUCCUUAACGGCAGCUCCAAACACGCCACCGAGCCUGACGACUGUGACGCAGACAUGGAGGUGGAGUCAGCCCAGUCCAAGAGGCAGCUGUGCGGCGGGAGCCAGGCGGCCAUCGAGAGAAUGAUCCAUUUCGGCAGGGAGCUCCAGAGCAUGAGCGAACACCUCCGCCGUGAGUGUGGCAAGAACUCAACCAACAAGAAGAUGCUCAAGGAUGCAUUCAGCCUGCUGGCCUACUCAGACCCCUGGAGCAGCCCAGUCGGCUACCAGCUGGACGCCAUUCAGAGAGAGCCGGUCUGCUCCACUCUCAACAGUGCAAUAUUAGAGACUCACAACCUGCCCAAGCAGCCCCCCCUGGCCCAGGCCGUGGGUCAGGCUGCCCAGUGCCUCGCCAUCAUGGCACGAACUGGCAGUGGAUCCUGCGCCUUCGCCUCUGUGGACGAUUACCUGCACUAGCCCCGUGUACACACACACACCAACACACACACCAACACACAGAGUCUGAGGACCUGUCCAAAAGUGGCCCCUUCCACCUCCUCCAUCAGUGUAGUCCUAUUAGCCGAGGAGAUGCUCCUCUGCACGAUAACAAGUAGUAGAAAGUUAACCACCUCACUUGCUUCCUGUUCUGCUUGUUCACGAACACCGCCGAGGAUCAGGAGUCAUUUCUGGGCAGAUCCUCAGACUGCUUACACACACCGCAUACAUUUAAAAUAAACACACACACACACACACACACACACACACACACACACAGCACCUCCCUCUCCAUCGUAAAUAUGAAAAUACGCCUCCACCUUGGUUGGCCUCGCAAACCCCCACCUCCAGCCCGGCGAGGCUGCGUCUGCAUCAUUUUGACUGACAGCGGGGACGCCAACCAAGAGUAGCCGACUUGAAAAUACCCAGAGAGCCGAACUCGUGUGGACUCGCCGCAGAUACCCAACCCCCUCAUACCUGGGGGCAUCAAACCGGGGCGGACAGACUGAAAAAUAAAAAGCCCUGGUCAAAUAUCCAUAUAAAUGGAAAAAUAAGAGAGAGAAAAAAAAGAAACAGACGAGUGACCGCCAUGGCCGACCACCCUUUAACGUGGUCCUUGUAAACCUGGCUUACCAGGCAAACGUGCGCACACACGCAAACACGGAGGCAGGCUGAUGCUGAAAACAGGAUUGGAAAGUCCGUCUCCACCAAGGCUUGCUGAGUGCUCCAAACUCCAGCCAACGCAACAAGGCUCCGUUAGGGACCGCCUGCCCCGCCCCUCUCCUUCACUCCCUGCACCAACCCCCUCCCCCUCCCUCCACUCACUUCAGGACAUCGGCGGAGAUCUGUGUGACGCAUGUGGACUCGGGACUUUGAAGAAGCCAGAGAGAAUCUACAGUCUCGACUCAACGUUCCCUGUUUUUAAACUUUUUGUUGUUGUUUUCGUUUUUCAUGGGGUACGGGGGAGGGGUGGUUACCUGGCUCUUGUUUUGUUUUUAUUUUUUUCCAGGUUUACAAGGCAUGGUGCAGACGACGAUGACUAUUAUUAUUAUUAUUAUUAUAAUUAUCAUUAUAUUAAUUAUUGUUACUUGCAUUCACAGUAUAUUUGUUGAGCGCCAGCAAGAGCAAGUUCCACUUAUUAUAAUAAAGGUCCCGAUUCCACCGA